AUGCGUGAGUUCCAUGCUGAGAUUAUGUGUGAGGUGUAUAGGCGUAUUAGUACUGAGCGCGCUUCUGGUGUUGGGAUAUCAUUUGGGGGUCGUGAAGCUUCAUCAUCCGCCGAUGUCGGUAACAAAUUGCUGCAGGUAUUGAUGGUGCUGAUGCUUUCUGAUGAGCGCCGGCUAGGCUCUAGGGGCCUUUCAAAAUCCAUCUAA